CGGCGGCUGAGGGCGCAGCCAUGGCCCAGGCGGCGGCGGCGGGGAGGCGGCAGCGGCGGCGCCGAGGCGCGAGGCCCUGCUGAGGGCGGGGCCCGGAGACCGAACCGCCCGCCCGGGGACCGGCCGACCCCCGCUGAGACCCGGAGCCGCCCCAAGCUGGAGAGCCGGGGCCCGGCGGCGGUGCUGGGAGUCGGGUACCAGCCCCCGGCGCCCCCCGCCGCCGGGGCCCCGCUGACCCCGCACAAGAGGAUGAAGAAGCGCAAGGAGCUCAACGCGCUGAUCGGCCUGGCCGGGGACGGCCGCCGGAAGAAGCUGCCCAAGAAGGGGUCGGGCCACCGGCUGCUCCGCACCGAGCCGCCCGCCUCCGACUCCGAGUCCAGCUCCGAGGGCGACGAGGACGAGUUCGGGCCGCCGGGCACCCGCUCCCGCUUCGCCAAGGGAGAAUACCUGCGAUGCUGCAAGCUCUGUUAUCCACUAUGUGCUUUUGUCAUUCUGGCUGCUUGUGUGGUAGCUUGCGUUGGCUUAGUAUGGAUGCAGGUUGCCCUCAAGGAAGAUCUGGAUGCACUAAAGGAAAAAUUUCGAACUAUGGAAUCUAAUCAAAAAACAUCAUUCCAAGAGAUCCCCAAAUUAAAUGAAGAUCUGCUUGAUAAGCAAAAGCACCUUGAGAAAAUAGAGACUGGAGACAUGGGACUAAAUAAAAUUUGGAUAAAUAUCACUGAGAUCAAUAAACAGAUAUUGUUUUUGACAUCAGCAGUAAAUCACCUCAAAGCCAACAUCAAGUCUGCUUCUGAUUUGAUUACUCUUCCUGUUACUGUAGAGGAACUUCAGAAGAGCGUAGCUACAAUAGGUAGCACUCUAACCAGUGUUGCUCAUGAUGUUGAGGCUAUGCAGGCGGCGAUUGAAGAACACAAGAAAACCACAGAAAGGCUCCAGAAUGAUUUGAAUGAAUACAUUAAAGAAAAUGGAGAAAAACAGAUAUCUUCACUUUCCGCAACUGUCAGUCCAAGAAUUAGCAAUGGAAAUCAGAGUGAGAAUUUUAAACAGGAUAACCAGUUCCUGCAUGCCACGGUAGAAGAGAUAAAUGCUUCCUUAGUGGCGUACCAAAAGCUCAAUGAUCUGAAGCUUCUAAGUGUGGAUACAACAAUCAGUAAUAUAACUCGAAGGGUUACGUGGUUAGAAAACUCUGUGGUUGCUGUGAAUAUGUUGGAAAACAGAGAGAAUUUGUCCACUACUGUGGUGGGUAAUACAACUACCUCCCCAAAAGUGGAAAGUCAAGAUCAACUAGAGAAUGAAACUGGUGCAGAAAAAGCACAGAAUGCAAAGAAAAUAGAAAAUGUAGAUCAUCAGGUAUCAAAACUAAGAGAGAAGCUUCAACUGAUCAAUGCUCUCACAAGCAAGCCAGAAAAUGAAAGAUCUGAGGCAUCAAAAAAAGGUGGAAAAAUGCAGACUGCUACGUCAAAGCCUACAAAUCUUCCAAAACUUUUAUCGAGAAUGGUUGGAGGCAACAUGGAGAGAAAUGGACACCCAAGACGCUUGUCAUUACCAGGAAUUGCCACCAUAAAAGAUCUUCAGGAUUUGUUUGAAAAGACAGAUCAAGGCAUUGAUGGAAAGCUAUCCUAUGAAGAUCUCCAAACUCUGGUUGGCUUGGCAAUACAAGAGCCACAGAGCUUUAAGGAAUUUGAUACAGACGGGGAUGAAAAAUACUCAUUACCAGAACUGAGAUUAGCUUUAGGUGUAUAGCAUACAUAUUUAGCAAUGCAGUAUUGAUGAACUUUACUGUAGCUACUGAAAACUGCAAAAGCUACAUCUGCACUUUGCCCAGCAUUCUUCAAAUCUUUGGAGCCAACUUUAUGUACAUGUUGCCACCUUUUUAAUUUGCAUUCUUUCGAUAUAUUUAAAGAUUUUUAAAGGGUUUUAUGUAUGGCAUAAUGUUAGGAAGUUCCUUCAAAAUUCCAGGAAGAUCAUAAACUCAAACUACAUUAGGAAUAGUCAGCCAACAUUUUCUUUCCCUUUAAGGGGCAUUCUUGUGUUUAAAUUGGAACAUGUGUACAUAUAGACAAACCCAUGUUUUAUAUUUCACAUAAAUUUGCCUUAAAUUAGAGAGCUGCACUUUAUAUAGAGCCAGAAGAAAUCUGUCUUUUAAAGGUAGGCCUUUUCUUCGUGUAAAUAUUUGAAAUUGAAUAAAUUAUGCAUAUUUUGGGGAGAAGGGGUGUUUUCAGGGUUGCGUUGAUAACCACGCUGGUUUGUAAAACAUAAAAAUGCCGGAUAGUCUGGAGGCAGAGGGUAUUUCAGUUUCCACUUGGAUUUUAAAUUGCCAGUGCAUCCAGGGAUGGUGUUUGAGUUCAGACUGAGGCAGAUGCAAGGCAUGAUUUCUCAUGCCAUCCUACAGAGGGCUUUCAUUUUAAGAGGCAAGGAGUGAGAAACUUAUUGUUUCUUUUUACAUCAUGAGCCCAUCCGAAUAAUGACAUGAUUGGGACUAGGUAAGCUAGCAGCUUAUGACCCAGUUCAGUGUUUCCUUUUAACUUUGUUGCAUCCAGGGUUAUAAUUUGUGGGAAGAGGAUGGCUGUAAGGGGGGGAAACUAUUGGAACAUUUUAAUUGACUCUUAAAGUUUAAAGCAACCUUGUCCCCUGAAGCUGCUGCCGGCUGCCAUCAUGACAAGAUAACUUGCAACCCUACCCUCCAUGUACUUGGCAAGCUUACAAGUGCGAUAAUGGUCUCCCUGACUGAUCAUGGGUGUUUAUUUUUAACAGGGCUUCUGAUGCUCCCAGUUUCUUCCUUCUGAUAUUGUUUCAUGUUGUUAGUCUAUCCAUGACCACGAGCAGUUUGUUUCUAAACAAACCUCUUUGUGCUGCAGUGUCACCAACAGUAUGGGAAAGCCUACAAUAAAGAGAACUUGGAUGCAGUUUCCUUGCUGCAUGAAUGUUCACAGUUCUUAGGAUCUUAGACGACUGUAUAUUCUUCUCAUUCAAACGGGGACAAAAGGCAGGUGCGGGGUAAGAUUGUACUACAUAUAAUUUUUUUAUUGAUGAGUGCAAUAUAAAUUUUCUUCACUAUAGGUAUUGCUUUGACCUUGAAACCAAUAUCCACACUCAGAGAAGAACAUACUAAUAUGUUCAUACUAUAAAUCUAAACUUGAAGACUGCAAUAUCCAGAAGCUUUCUCUGGACCAUACAGAAAGGCUUUUGCAAAAUGUAGUAUCCCGCAGGCCAGAUCAGGGACAAAUUAGACUUUAUACAAAUCGUUUCAUUGGCCACAAGCAAAAUUCAUAGCUCAUUUUUUGUGGUCAUUUGAAUAUUGAUUUAGUGGACUGUGAAAUACACUGAUGGUCUAUCGAUAUGGGCUAUCUGGAAGUCUGUUCAUAGUUAAUUUUAUGUGACUUUGAAUGGGAUGUUUAUAAUUUUUACAAGGAAAUAUUCUCUGGAAGUAUUCAAAUCAGUGAAAGGUUUAGCAAAAUGGAACCCUUUCCUAGGUUAUCUAGUCUGUUUCACCAUCACUCUUCUGUCCUGUUUUGGGCAUGUUUGCUUUGCUCAACAGGGAGAUGCUUUCAUUGAUGUGAAGUUUUGAAAUGCAGUAUAAUCUGGCUUCUAAGGCAAGUAGAAGUCAACACUCGCUUCUUCUGACCAGUUUCCACACCCCUUUUAUACACUUCUGUAUAAAUCCCUUAACCAAAUAAAAAUUCUAGCAAUAAAAAAUAACCAUUCUGGUAUUUUAUUUGUACAUUGUGUAUCAUAGCUGUAUGCCAGAAUUUGCACGGUAUUUUUGCAAGGUUUAUUUGUAUGAAACAAAACUUCGGUAAGGUAAAACUCAGAAUUGUCUAUAAUCGCAACUUUAAAUGUUUUCCUUGUUGCAGUUUGUUUUAAUUUUGCAGGGUUCUUCUAUGGUAAUGAGAAAUCUUACUCAAACAAAACUCUCUGGAAAGAGUGCAUGCAUCUCUGAUCUCUAGUAUUUUUAUGUCCUGUACAUGGCAGUGGCACUGAAUUGAUCAAUUAUUGAGGCACUAAGACAUGAGACCAUUUUGUAGUGCUGGUUAACCUUGGUUAUUGUGCAUCUUGGAUACAUAUUGCCAUCUCUAAGGUCAUUAAUUGGCCUUGCCACAAGGUCUGCAGCCUUACUAUGAUUGUGGAGUGGACAUGUACAAGAAAUUUAACAAACUAGGGUCAUUUAAAAGUACAGUGAAUUAUUGUUUGUUGCUGACUAGUUCUUUUUCCAUUUAAUUUUGGCCCGCAGGCAGCCAUCCUAAUUUCAAAGUAUUGCUCAGCAUUCAAAUGCUCAAGACUUGUACUGCUUCUCAGUUGCCACUGAUGUUAUCAAUCCAUGUGCUGGCCUAGGUUGUUAGGUAAGGCACCAGCAGGCUUUUGCUGAUAGUCCAAAGCCCUUAUCUACACUAGUGUUGACUGGUCAGUGGUAGCGGCAGGUCUGUUAAACACUUACCUAGAUUUGCUCUCAGCAGGGUGAGAUGACUGGUGGCUGGUCUACAUUUGCACCACCUGGCACUAGUGGGAAAUCAAGCCAAAAAGUGUAACAGUCUAAUCGAGCCACAGUUGGUGAGACUUUUUUAAUCAUGUUCUGUCAGCCAUGGGACUUAAUGCUUCCCCCCACAAUCGGAACAGCUCUUCCAAAAUGAAACAGUGGGAUAGUUCAUGGAAGAUACAUGGAUCCUAAAUUCUAGUCUUUCACUGUGGUUAACUCCAUGGAUUCCAGUGUAGUUACUCUUUACUUACCCUAGAAAGGCUCAACCAUGGUCACUAGGAUGCGGUACUUAAAGGGAGAUGCUGCCACAGAAGUACCAGUGAAACUUUAUUAGACAUUGGCUAGUGGAAGCCCAAGCAGGAAAGGGUUAAGUCUGAGAAGCAGAGGUGGGUUUAAGGAGAUGGGUUUACUUUGGGAGAGUGGAUGGAGAAAAGGACUUGACAGAGGUCUUGGCAGCAGUGGAAGUUUGAAAAAGGUUGCUUCUAAGCAUUGGGAAAGGGACAGGAGAGAAGGUACAUCACUCUAUUAAAUGGGCUUUUAAAAUCAUUGACUUUCAAUGCUCUUAACUUAAUGAUGUAGACUCCUGUUUGAGAAUACCUACAUGAGAGAGACCUCUGGAUGCUCCUGUUAAACUAGUACUAAAGCAUUGCACUGGUGUAGCCAAUUGCUGUCCAGGAUUCUUAAACACCCAUUUUAUAACCUAUCCUAGAAUUGUAAAUAAUUACCAAGUUGUUUUGCAGUGAUUUUUUUUGUAGUUUUGUUUCCAUAUAUGUUAUGUUCUUGCCUGCUAACUUGUUUUUAAACUUAGAUUUACUAAACUCAGAUUUUUAGACUCAACAGUGUAUAAGGACCAUUUUGUUAAUUUUAGUUUACUUGACCUUUCCUGUACAAUAAGUGAAAUGUUGGAUUUUAUUUCAAUAAAGUUGGACCUAUUUUGGAAAUGUAAAGAAGCUUUUUUAGAGCUGUAUAUGGAGUAAAUUAAAGCUGAUUUUAGUUAGAGUUCUGCACAUGUCAUCAUGUAACAUAACUGUUUAAUUUAUCUAAAUAAAAUAUUUCAUUUUUGUAGUGUG